CCUACUGCGUAUUGCUGGGACUUCUCACGACCUGUUAGAUCUGGAAGGAUCUGCUGAACUCGAGCUCCCAGUUCCAAAGGGCUCCGGAAGGCGUCAGCCGCUCUCCACCUCGCGAGCUGCUGAAGUCUGCGAUGCAGGAGGGCACAUCUGAACCCGCAGCUGCAGCCUGCCGCACAGCCCGGCUUGGCCGUCGCCCAGCCACUAGGCGAUUCACGAUUGCUGACUUUGAAAUCGGGCGCCCUCUGGGCAAGGGGAAAUUUGGAAAUGUGUACCUGGCUCGGCUCAAGGAAAACCAUUUUAUUGUGGCCCUAAAGGUUCUUUUCAAGUCACAGAUAGAGAAGGAAGGACUGGAGCACCAGCUGCGCAGGGAAAUUGAAAUCCAGGCGCGUUUGCAACACCCCAAUAUCCUAAGGCUCUACAAUUACUUCCAUGAUGCUCGCCGUGUGUAUCUGAUUCUGGAAUAUGCUCCAAGGGGUGAGCUGUACAAGGAGCUGCAGAAAAACCACACAUUUGAUGAGCAGCGAACAGCCACGAUAAUGGAGGAGUUGGCAGAUGCCCUGACUUACUGCCAUGACAAGAAAGUGAUCCACAGGGAUAUUAAGCCAGAAAACCUGCUUCUGGGUUUGAGGGGUGAGGUGAAGAUUGCCGAUUUUGGCUGGUCUGUGCACACCCCCUCUCUGAGGAGAAACACAAUGUGUGGAACACUUGACUACUUGCCCCCGGAAAUGGUUGAGGGGAGGACAUAUGAUGAAAAGGUGGAUCUGUGGUGCAUUGGGGUGCUGUGCUAUGAGCUGUUGGUGGGAAAGCCACCCUUUGAGAGCACCUCAUAUAAUGAGACCUACAGGCGCAUUGUCAAGGUAGAUGUGAGGUUCCCCCAAACAAUGCCUUCGGGGGCCCAGGACCUGAUCUCCAGGCUUCUCCGAUACAAGCCCCAGGAGCGGCUGCCCCUGGCCCAGAUCCUGGAGCACCCUUGGGUCCAGGCCCAUUCCCGGAGGGUGCUGCCUCCCUGUGCUCAGAUGACUUCCUGAGCCCUAUCUGCCUUUGUUCCUUUGUGUUUGUUUAGGGAGCUAUCCUGGCUCUACUACCUCAUCUAUCUUCUUUGUUUCGUCUAAGGUUCUAAUUAAUAAAAGUUGAAUAAUUU